AUGACAUCAAAACGGGAGGUAUGCUAUUAUUUUCAUCAUGAUGUACCGAAUUUUCAUUAUGGCUCGAGACAUCCUAUGAAGCCACAACGUUUAGCUGCUUUACAUAGUUUGGUUGUUAAUUAUGGUUUGCAUAAAGAAAUGCUUGUCCUUACACCGCCUCGCGCAUCUGCAAUCGAGAUUGAGCGGUUUCAUUCAAAAGAUUACGUGGACUUUCUUCAACGAGUGUCACCUCGUACAGCUGAUCAAUAUGAGAAUCUUUUCUCACAAUAUAAUAUUGGUGAAGACUGUCCAAUUUUCGAUGGAAUUUUCGAAUUUUGUUCCAUUUAUACAGGCGCUACGCUUAGUGGUGUUGCUCGUUUGAAUCAUGGUCUAAGUGAUAUUGCUAUUAAUUGGAGUGGUGGUCUUCAUCAUGCUAAAAAACGUGAAGCUUCAGGAUUUUGUUAUGUGAAUGACAUUGUUAUUGGAAUUUUGGAAUUGCUUAAAUAUCAUCCUCGAGUGCUUUAUAUUGAUAUUGAUAUACAUCAUGGUGAUGGAGUUCAGGAAGCAUUCUAUUUAACUGAUCGAGUGAUGACUGUCUCGUUUCAUAAGUACGGCAAUUAUUUUUUCCCAGGAACUGGGGAUAUGUAUGAUGUUGGGCAAGAUAGUGGUCGUUAUUAUGCUGUGAACGUUCCCAUGAAAGAGGGAAUGGAUGAUGAAAAUUAUCAUUCCUUAUUCAAACCAGUCGUACGAGCUGUUAUUGAUUGUUUCAAUCCAUCAGUUAUUGUACUGCAGUGUGGAGCUGAUUCAUUAGGAUGUGAUCGGUUGGGAUGUUUCAACUUGAGCUUUUCGGGUCAUGGGGAAUGUGUAGAUUUUGUUCGCAGUUUGGGAAUUCCAAUGCUUGCAGUUGGUGGUGGAGGAUAUACAUUACGUAACGUAGCACGAUGCUGGACUUAUGAAACUGCAAUUCUAGUUGGCAAAAAAGAUGAAAUACCAGAUGAAAUUCCAAAUAACACUGAAUACUUGCAAUUCUUUGCUCCAGAAUUUACGCUAAGACCAACACUAGCAAAAAGGCAGGAGAAUCAAAAUACGAAAGAAUAUAUCACUGCUCUCAAGCAAGAAGUGUUAGAUCAUCUGAGACAAAUUCGUCAUGCUCCUUCAGUGCAAAUGCAAGAGGUACCACCUGAUCUUCUAGAUCCCGACGAGGUAUUUUAUGCACAGGAAUCUCCUCCAGACAUUCUUCCAACUGAUAAUGAUCCAGAUGGCGGCACAUUUCUCGGUACCGGUUCCGAAACUGAUCACUUGUCAUGA